AUGAAUGACGAUAAUUGCAUCGUUGAAAAUGAUACCUCUUCAAUUACUACUUCAACAAGCACAGUGCAAUGUGUUCAAAGCACAAAAAAUGCUAUUGAGAGUGAUAUUUCAAGAGGUGAAAUUGUUAAAAACACAGAAAAAACUAUUCAAAUUAUUCAAUUUGAGAUUUCAAUCCAUGGAUAUUUCUCUAGGAUAAGAAAGAAAAGUUCAAGGAGCGCAUUACAAAAGCCAAAGAAUAUUCAUGCUCAACUUGAAAAGUUGUCGAAAUAUGAGGUUGGUAAUGACGAGAAAACCGGUUUAUUUAUGUCUCACAGGCGGACAUUAGGCGUCAUGUUUCUUACUGCGAUUGUUUCGGAUCUGGAAAGUGUUGCAGAGUACGAACAGGAAAAUCGGGUGGGUAUUACUUCGUAUAUUGAUGAUCCGUGCUUUAAAACUCCAACAAAUGUAUAUUUAGCAAAGAAACGUGUAAUUACAAAUUUAUGGAGACUAAUAAGUUCGAUAACUGGUGAAAUAAUAAAUGACGCUGCCAUAGUAUUUUCACGAGCUUAUCCUGAAAUUGUUGCUGGCAAAGUUAAAUCAUCUAGAUUAUCGUGCAUUUUG